AUGGGCCUCCAGUUACGUCCUGCGAUGGCGCCUGCGACUGAUGUGACUGCGAGCGCCCAAGAUACUUCUGAAAAGCUCUGGGAAGAGCUGGCACAGAAACACUGGCUUAGCAAGGUGCCCACCAAAGCGAAACCAGGACUGAUCACGACCGCGAUUUGGGAACCUUUGCAACAAGAGUCCUUCGCCCUACGCUCCCUCGCUCUUCUGGAAAGCCUUCAGAUUCUUGAAAGGUUCCUGUGGCCGACGUUCUCAGCCGAUGCCUCUAAUCAUCACGUCAUUCUCAUUGCAGUCUUCUUCAACGUCAAACAACGAGCAAAUUUGCAAGACUGGGCUCUUUUCGCAGACCGACCUCAAGAAUUCUCGGCCCUGUUUCGUCGAAUACUCUCUCUCAAUCUCGAUUCCUCUCUAGACAUUACCUCCCGUCUGUCCGUCCUCAACUUUGUCAUCGGCGCAUUCCAGUCGCUCGAAACCGAGCAGGUUCGCAAGGAAUGCGCCCCGCUUGUUUCGAUUUCAAUAUGGCACAAUUUACAUGAUGACUCCGCAAGGAAUAGGCUGUUGGAUUCAAGUUCAAGCAGGAAGAAGGCCUGGAAGGCUGCUCAGAGACGCUUCGAAGGUGCAGAUCAAGACACCCAGGCUCGGCUGCGAUUUGACCGAGCAUGGCUCUAUUCCAUGCUGAUCGCGUUCUUUGCGCGACUCAACAAUCCCAAAAUGGCAACUUCUCAAGAGAUGAUCUAUUGCGAACGAUUUCUGGAGUUCCUGGUUGAUUUAGUCAGUCAACUACCUACCCGACGAUACACCAACCUGCUUCUACGAGACCUCAAUACCUUGGCAGUCAUCAGGACUUCGAAACUGAUUGGGAGGGACGAUGCUGCCCUCUUUCGAGAUCUUGUGAGCCUCUUCCAUCAUUUUCAGAGCUUCGCAAUUGAUGACAUGGGUAACUCCGAAUCCGAACAUGAUGGAAUUCGAAAGGCUCACUACGAGGCUCUGGCACGCUUGCAACGUGUUGCUCUCCAGCACUUUGAGAACAAACUAAAAGUCCUUGCUCUCUCGAAUUAUGGAUCUAUCGACAAUCGUACCGAAUUGGAAUCGCAUUUCGAUGCUCUUUCAGAUGCUGAAAUGGAAAGCCUGUGCCACCACUUGGGGUUUCGAACAGCUUACCCUGCAGCUGCCGCAAUUUCCACCAGCCGGGCUAUCCUUCUUGAGACUCUCCUGUCAUCGUUCUCAAAACCUCGAGAUUUUCAGGAAGUUGUGACCAAAUUUUCAAUCCUGCCAACCGAAAGCACACUAUACGACGCUAAAUUGCUCAGAAACGAACAAUAUGAUGGCUCGCGGCCGUUGGGCUUCCCGAAACUGAAUCUGCAGUAUCUAACACUAAGUGACUUUAUGUGGCGAUCAUUCCAGCUCUAUCAAGCUGAAGCAUUCUACGGUAUUCGGAAAGACAUGGAAAGCGUGAUCAGGCGGAUGAAGCCAAAAGCCAGCAGAGACCGGGCCAGCACGAUAUUUGAAGGUUUCUCUAAGAUGGCUCUGCCGAUCAAUAGUCCUGCCAUCAUCGAAGUCGGUGCACCCAAAGUCGGUGAAUUGAGACCUAGCUUUGUUCGAGCGGAGGUGAUUCUAGACGUCAGUCGUUUGACGGACCAAAUGAGAAGAGAAUGGGACAAUCUGAGGCCUCACGAUGUGGUGUUUUUGCUCGCAGUCAAGCCUGCCGACGAAACUCGUGCCCUCACGAAUGGCCACACUGCCAGUUCAGAAGCGGAGCAAAGACCUUUCGUGGCGUUGAGAUCCGCGGAAGUUGUACAGGUCUUGGAUGAUAAUGGAAGACCUUUAAGAGAACAACAGGCGAACGGGAAUGCUCCAAGAGCACGAAGGCGAAGGCUCCUGCUGGACUUGGAUGCUGUGGCUUAUUUCAAUGACAAGGCUCAGCUUGCGCGCGGCGGUAAAGAUAUCACUGCCUCUUUGAAUGUUCUUGUUCGGAGGCAGGGCCGCGAGAACAACUUCAGGCCGGUAUUGGAAACCAUACAAAAGCUAGUGGGUGCUCAGACCUCACUACCAUCGUGGCUUCAAGAGGUCUACCUAGGCUACGGUGAUCCCAAAGAGGCGUCCUUCCAAUCCCUGCCCAACAGGAUUGAGUCAAUCGAUUAUCUGGACACCUUCUUAGAUUGGGAACAUCUUACGGACAGCUUCCAAGGGAAAGUGAUCGAGGCCGCUCCCGGUCACGCAGCGCCCUUCAACGGUCCAUUCAUUCUCAAGACGUCUCCACAAGAACUUGAUGUCCCUCCUACAAACCCAAAGAAGCGGCGAAGAGAGCAAAUGGAACAAGACUCGUCGACCAUUGUGGUGUCUUCAUAUAAACCACCAAAUACUGGGCCAUAUCCGAUGGACAUUCCAAAAAAGAAUGCCGUUCGCUUUACCCCAAGACAAGUUGAAGCGAUUGCAUCCGGGGCACAACCCGGCCUUACCGUCGUUGUGGGACCACCAGGGACCGGCAAAACAGAUGUGGCUACUCAAACCAUCAACCUAUUGUAUCACAAUUUCCCAUCAGAACGAAUCCUCCUUGUUGCGCACAGUAAUCAAGCACUCAACCAGCUUUUCCAGAAGAUCAUUGCUCUUGACAUUGACCCUCGACAUUUACUACGCCUUGGUCAUGGCGAAGAAGAGCUAGAGGCUGAAGCCUCUUACAGCAAAUAUGGUCGUGUCGAAUCUUUCCUAGAGAACCGACAGAUAUAUCUUGCCGAAGUCCAUCGAUUGGCAGCUUCCAUUGGUGCUGAAGGAGCCCAUGGCAGUUCAUGCGAGACUGCCGAAUACUUCAAUCAGGUCUUUAUCAAGCCUGCAUGGGCACGAUUCUGGGACGCUGCUGAUGUGGCCGACGCAUCUGUGGCAGAGGUUCUGGCUGCGUUCCCUUUCUAUGAGUACUUUAGAAACGCUCCUGUUCCGACCUUGUUCCCGCCUGAUUGCUCUCUUGAAGAGGCUCGCGAUAUUGCCUCUGGCUGUCAGCACCAUAUCAACAAGAUCUUUUCAGAGCUCGAAUCGAUCAGGCCGUUCGAAAUCUUGCGUAAUGGCCGUGAUCAGGCUAAUCAUCUCCUGGUGAAGGAAGCUCGGAUCAUCGCGAUGACCUCGACUCAUGCCGCUAUGCGAAGGUCUGAAAUUGCAGAGCUUGGUUUCCAUUACGAUACAUUGAUAAUGGAAGAAGCAGCUCAAAUCACGGAGAUCGAGUCAUUCAUCCCUUGUGCAAUGCAAGAUGCCGACUCGAAGACUGGGGAGCUGCCUCUGAAGCGGAUAAUGCUAGUCGGGGAUCACCUCCAGAAUUCUCCAGUCAUUCAAAAUCAAGCUCUACGUCAGUAUGCGAAGUUCGAGCAGUCGCUCUUCCUCCGCUUCGUGCGAUUAGGGGUACCUGCGAUACACCUUGACAAACAAGGACGCUGUCGACCCUCCAUAGCAGAGUUGUUCAAAUGGCGUUAUGUUGACCUUGGUAACUUGCCUCAUCUGGAAAAUCACCCUGAAUUUGUUCGAGCCAAUGCAGGUUUCCGAUACGACUACCAAUUCAUCGACGUUCCAGACUACCAAGGACAGGGAGAACGCGAGCCGACGCCUCAUUUCAUUCAGAAUCUCGGAGAAGCCGAAUAUACUGUUGCCUUGUUCCAGUACAUGCGGCUUCUCGGCUACCCAGCUCGAAGCAUCACAAUUUUGGCCACUUACGCAGGCCAACGAGCCUUGAUUCGUGAUGUUCUGGAACACAGAUGUAAGAACAAUAAGCUCUUUGGACUGCCUCGAAUUGUUACCACAGUGGACAAAUAUCAAGGUGAACAGAAUGACUACGUGAUUGUGUCAAUGACUCGAACACGUUCUGUCGGUUACUUGCGAGACAUUCGCCGGCUCACUGUUGCAAUAUCACGCGCGAGACUGGGACUCUACAUUCUUGGUCGAAGGGAACUCUUCGAGUCCUGCUAUGAGAUGAAGCCAGCAAUGGACUUGUUGACGCAGCGGCCAGAUAAACUUGUCCUGACGACGGGCGAGAUGUUCCCGACCGAGCGGCAACUGGAAGACGAUGUUCCGGGCACGGAGAUGGAAGGUGUGGAGCACUUGGGACAAUAUGUCUUUGAAAUGACGCAGGCUAAGGUGAAGGCUAUGGGUGGCCAGAUCACAGUUGAGAGCACUGCAGAAGAUGAAGCUGGAGUGGGAGAUGAAGGCGAGGAAGAAGCAAGCGUUGCUGCUGAAGAGGAUCCUCUUCCUGCUAUGUAG